AUGUUGGUGGUUCUCCUGUUGCUAUACCAUUUUAUCACUAGCACUGUAAUUAGUGCCAGCCCUAAUGGCACCCAUUACUCCUAUCACGAGCUGUGGAUGCUGCAGAACUAUUUCUGGCAGAAUUUCCUCUAUCCCACUAACCGGGGUCACAUCGAAGCCAAUGACUCCUCUAUCUUCGCAGCCGAUGUCCAAGGACGUGUUCACGCAACUCGCACCUUCGACGGUCGCGAACUCAACAACGAGUAUAUCUUCGGCCUCUUCUCGCAGCCUGACCACCCCGGGAUCUUCGGGCCUCCUAUCGCGUACAACAUCACCCAGUUCGCGGCCACCGACAAUAUCGCCGCGGCCACCACUCUCAUCACCUUCAACAUCACCACCUUCCAGCUGGUAGUCCCCGCCGCGAUUGACACCUGGUUCCAGUACGACUCCUCCGGCAAGAUCACACAGUAUGAUGCCGUCUUCCGUUGGCUGGAUUAUCUCUUCGUUCCUCUCAUGCAGGCAGCCGGAAAGAUGUUUCAUCUGAAUGAUUCAGUCCAGAUUCAGAACAAAGUGGCUGCUCUGCUUGCAGACACCAUCUGCCAGACACAUCAGGAUCACUGUCACGGGCCCAACCAGCAGUACGCCUCCAAGGAGGAUUGCGUGGUGUUCCUGACCCAGAGAGUCCGCUUCGGCUUGCCAUACGAGAUGGGUCAGAACACUUUGCUGUGCCGCGAAGUGCAUGACAACAUGGUGCGAUUCAACCCGCCCGUACAUUGUCCCCAUAUUGGACCCGGCGGUGGCGGGUAUUGUGUCGACGACAUGACCUACCAGCAGGUGGUGCUGGAGAAAUACUUUCGAUACUCCUGGGUGCCAUACGGAUAUGCGGAUCACAACCCGUGGGUGGCUGUAGGGACAUAAUGACGGUCAGAACAAAUGCAAAACUCACCCUGUUGAGAAAACCUCAGAUUGAUCGUGCUGCGAACCUACCUUCCUUAGCCCCAAGACGGAGCAUGAGAGCUGGUUGACUAACUCGUCACGGAUCUGACUUGCUGCCUACGAUACUGACGACUGGCACAUUUCAGAGCCAUUCCUCGACAUGUGCGGUCGGAUUUGACCCAGUCGAGUCCAAAUUUUGUCUCUGAAGGGGGAUGCAACGGUGACAAGCGAGGUGGCACGUUCAUCGCCACCAAGAAUGCUCAGGGUCCUCUUGGCAGUCGUGAGUAAAAUUGUCGAUCACGCGCAACACGACCUGGCCUUUUCCGCCCACCAUAUUGUAGUCCAGAAAAUGAAUGAUUAGGCGCCCCGCGCUGGAAACCACUGUUCGUCACGGAGAAUGAUUGAGACGCCGCACGCCAUGUCAAACA